AUGAAUCUCCAAACGAUCUCAAUGGAAGUUAAUUUGACUAGCAUCAGAGCCUCGCUCAAGCAGUACCUUGUUGAGCUCUUCAAACUUUCCCUUCAGACGAGGCUGCUCGCUUCGGGGCUCAUAAUCAUCAUACUCACCUUCAUAAAACCAGUUGUCAAUGUCAGACUCCUCACGCCGCAAAGCUUACCCACAAACUCCAACACAGACCUCGAAGAAGGUCCCCUUUGUAACCCCAAAUCAAAAUCAACUUUUGCUUCGGUCAAUGAAGCCAGUGCACGGGCCGUAACCUCCGGAGGCGAAACAUGA